AUGAGGCCACAUCCCAUGGGAGGAGGCAUAAAUAGGAAGCUUUGAUACUAGCCAUCACAGUCACUCCUGUAAGUACCAUGAAGUCCAGCAGCCUCUUCCCCCUUGGUCUUCUUAUCCUGGGAAUCCUAGCACCUUGGGCCGUGGAAGGUGAUGUAAAAGCUGUGAAAGGUGGAGCCUGCCCAAAGAAAAUAUUUGCCCAGUGCUUGCGCUAUGAGUACCCAGAGUGCCAGACUGACUGGCAGUGUGAAGGCAAGAAGAAAUGCUGUGAUGGUAUUUGUGGAAUCAAGUGCCUGGACCCUGUUAGCACCCAGAACUCAGUUAAGGUAAAGCCUGGGAAGUGCCCAGAGGUGCAUGGAGAAUGUUACAUGCUUAACCCUCCCAACUACUGUGAAUCAGAUGGCCACUGUGUGGACAACCUCAAGUGCUGCAAGGGCAUGUGUGGAAAAACCUGCAUCCCCCCUGUGAAAGGAGAUUCUUCCAAGCAGAAAACAGGGAAAUGAUUCAUUGAUUCCUAUGAUGAAGAUUUGACCUGCUUUUCUCUCAUAGCCGGAUUCCACCAUUUUAAGAGGUUCUGGAUUCCUACUCUGUGUGAUCUGGGCAUUCACUCCCUAUUUGCUCCUGAACUGGGAUCAUGGAACAUUUUUUUGGUGAAGAUUUGUUUCUACCACCAAUACUUCCUUUGGGGAAAGGCUUAGCAUACAGUAGGUUUACAGGAAAUGCAUGUUGAUAAAUAAAUAAGCAUACUUCUCUCUUCA